AGACUUUUCUGGAGAUUAAAUGGAGAACUUUCAAAUGCGACCGCAUUUUGAUAUAAACUGCGUCCAACUAUUUCUCUUUGAAAGGCUUUGAACAACUCUUAUAAACAGCCAUAUGAUUUUAAGUUGGUAUAACUUGUCAUAAUUGAAAUCUAACGUUACUUUUCUGCUCCAAAGCUCUAGCUCAAACUCAAAAAUUGAAGUCCAUUUUAUAAUUAUCAACAGUUCAUUUCUUCAGCAAACUUUUUGAAACUUAAUUAACCAUUUUCAAAUCAAUUUUUGCGAACGUUGUCUGAAGUAACAAAUCUGGUCAAAUGGUCCGUAUAAAAGAAAUUAUCGUAAUUUAUACGCUGCUAAAUUGCGUUUUUUUCGUACCCAACUUGGCGUACAUUCAGAUUGAAAUUAUAAACACUGAUGGUCCCCCGGAAAUACUAAAUCAGGUUUAUGAUGGUGAAUCCCUGGAAUUGGUAGUGUCUCACCCAUCAGAGCAGGCGACUAUAGGAGUGGUAGAAUGCACUCCAAAGCAUGGCAAUCUUCUCGUGGUGACGAAAACAGAGCAAGAUGAUCUUAGAGCCAGAUUCAAAGUGAAAACUAAACGGAUCGGCAAUGAAGUCAUCAGCUGCGUUGAAAAUAAAACAUAUGACUCCAACGAGAUGAGAACUUCUGAAUACUCCACUGAACAGCAGCAGGAGAUAGUGAUUAUUCUGGAACCCACCUGGCUCGACCCCAUCUUCCCCUACUUGGGGGCGGCUGUGAUAGUGUUGCUGAAUGUGCUGUUUGGCACUGAGAUUUCUCUCAAGGACAUCCGUUUUAUACUCAUGAGACCCAAGCCUCUAAUCGCAGCUGCAUUGUGUCAGUUUGUGCUUCUACCUCCAUAUGGGCUAGGAGUUGCACGUCUGCUCGGUUUUGAGGCUGACAUUGCUCUGGGGGUGCUGAUGGUGGCAUGCGCGCCCGGAGGAGGCAUCAGCAACACUGCCAGUUAUCUGGUCGAGGGGGAGGUCCCUCUCUCUAUCUCCAUGUCCUUCUUCAGCACCGCCAUUGCGGCCGGUACAAUGCCCUUGAACUUGUUCAUCUACGGCCGAUUCAUCUCAGAUGACCCCAGCUUCACAGCCGGAAACAUCCCGUACGGGACACUCAUCCAGGGUCUGGUGGCUAUUGCACUGCCAGUCUGUCUCGGAAUGGUCCUGAUAGCCAAAGCGAGGAAGAUGACUCUGGCUGUUAAGAAGUACGCCAAGCCAGUUGUGCUGUUGCUACUGCUAGUCUACAUAUCAAUUGCGCUGUACAAGAGCUCCUUUGCGUUCAAACUUUUCUCACUGCGGGACUAUCUAGGAGGUUGUCUGCUGCCUCUGGGGGGAUUUGUUCUUGGCGGUGUUGCUUCUUUGAUUCUGCAACUGCGCUGCUCACAGAUUAAAACUAUAUCACUCGAAGUUGGUAUGCAGAAUUCGAUGAUUGUAGUUACGAUGACCAAUUUUGUGUUCGAUCCUCCACAGUCGAAUCUGAACUCGCUAAUGCCCAUAAGCAUAGCCAUAAUGACCAUGCUAGUGUCCAUACCUCUCUUCAUAGUCCACUUACUGGCUAAGAAGUACAUUGCUAAAUACAGAGACGUGUGUGACGAGAAUAAAAGUGAACAGCUGAGACAGCGACAGAAGUUCGAAGGACUCGGAGGCACAAUUAGACGAAGAUUCAGCAGUGUGAGUGUGAGUAGUCGUGGUCAUCCGAAUACAAAAGGAGGGGUGACUGGAGUGGCUGUUGAUCCGACCAUGGACACAAUUCCAGACGAGGAAGAGGACGAGUUCACGAGGAAGAACGACCAAGAAAAAGUAACCGUCGAUGUGAAUGAAAAAAACCAAACCCAUUUGUAAAUUAUUCUAUAAUUAUAUGACCUGGAAAUAUUAGUAGAGAACAAAUAGAUUCGAAAU